GUGUCAUUGGCUAGCGUUACCCACUGAUGAUUUGAAAAUCGGUACUGUGGCGUGCGGAGCAACCGUACAGAAAUCGGAACGAAGACAAAAAGAAGGUUAUUGUUAAUUUUUAGGGAAACAUUAAUCAAGAAAGUUCCUGCGAUGUUUGAAGGGGAUGACGGAGCUCAGCUGCAGUGCUGUGUCACAGUGGAGCAGCUCAACGCCGCAGGCCAGGCCACACGGAGGCAGGUGAUCAGGAAGGCCUCUGUGAUACUGGGCAGGAAUGAGUUUCAGGAAAUAAUCCUCCGUGUCCACGACGGAAAAGUCCCACAAAAUUACAACUUGAAGGAGUUCAGGCUUUUCACUAAGUUCGUCAGGGACGGCAAAUGCACUGUGAAGCUGCUCCCUGAGAACGUCCAGGUACUGGUCUCCAACUGCCCCCCUGACAAACUCUCCCUCUUCCUCAAAACUCUGAGCGUCAAACACCAGGCCAGACAGGGCACCAAACCACUGAGCGCCAGAGACAGACUCAAAGCUGGUCUGCCUCGCAGCUUUGAGGCCAUCAGUCCCCUGCAGCACAAAGACAUCCAGAAGGUCAAUGAGCUGAGGAGUAAAGCAGCUCCCAGUGGACUGACAGACCAGACCAAUAAGACCAAAGCUGCCAAACCAGGACAGCAGGUCAAGAGGUCGAGGGCUGAUUGUAACUUCAGUCCAGUAAAGCAGAAUCCGAGUAAAAAACCCAUCCUGUCUCUGCCAUCCCGUAAACUGAACAAAGAGCAGGCGGCCGUUCUCAGUGCAGUGCUGAGUGGAAAGAACGUCUUCUUCACUGGGAGUGCAGGCACGGGAAAGUCUUUUUUGCUCAAGAGAAUCAUGGGAUCUCUUCCUCCAAAGAGCACUUUCGCCACAGCCAGUACAGGAGUGGCUGCAUGCCACAUCGGUGGAACAACACUACACAACUUUGCAGGUAUCGGCUCGGGCUCUGCUCCUUUGGAGCAGUGUAUCGCGCUGGCUCAGAGGCCUGGGGUCCUGCAGCACUGGACCAGCUGUCGACACCUCAUCAUUGACGAGAUCUCCAUGGUGGAGGCCCAGUUCUUUGACAAACUGGAGUCUGUUGCCAGGUCAGUACGGAGGUCGACUCAACCGUUUGGUGGAAUCCAGCUGAUUGUGUGCGGUGACUUCCUGCAGUUGCCUCCUGUCUCCAAAGGAAAGGAGAAAGCCAGCUUCUGCUUUCAGGCCAGAAGUUGGCGCAAAGUCAUGCAGCUUAAUAUGGAGCUGAUAGAAGUGCGUAGGCAAACGGAUCAGUCCUUCAUCUCCCUGCUGCAGGCAGUCAGAGUGGGCAGGGUGACAGAGGAAGUCACAGCGACGCUCAUGAAAAGCGCCUACCAUCAAAUAGAGAGGGACGGCAUUCUGGCCACCAGGCUGUGCACACACAAGGAUGACGUGGAGCUGACGAACGAGAACAAACUCCAGCAGCUCACAGGAGCGCCGAGGGAGUUCGAGGCCCUGGACAGUGACCCAUCACUGGUGAAGACCAUCGACAGUCACAGCCCCGUCAGCAGACUGAUCCAGCUGAAAGUGGGAGCUCAGGUCAUGCUGACAAAGAACCUGGAUGUGGCUCGGGGUCUGGUGAACGGAGCUCGAGGGGUGGUUGUGUCCUUUGAGCCUGGAACACAUGGACUCCCACGUGUGCGUUUUAUGUGUGGCGUCACAGAAGUGGUGAAGCUGGAGCGUUGGGUGUUCAAGUCCUCCGGUGGGAUCCACCUGAGUCGACAGCAGCUGCCGCUCAAACUGGCCUGGGCCAUCUCCAUCCACAAGAGCCAGGGAAUGACUCUGGACUGUGUGGAGAUCUCUCUGGCACGGGUGUUUGAGUGUGGUCAGGCCUACGUGGCUUUGUCCAGAGCUCGAAACCUGGAGGGUCUGAGGGUCAUGGACUUCAACCAGCGUGUAGUGCGGGCAGAUCCAGAUGUUUUGCUCUUCUACAAAAAACUGAGAAAGGAGAGGCUCCUCAUGCAGGCUUCCAUGGAUGAUUUUAUGUGCGACAAGGAAAACUCUUGAUGAGAAGGAUGUCGUCUCCUCAACUGCUGUCAUGUUGUGCACUGUGUGCACAUCUUUUUUUUUUUUUUCCUCCCUCGAAUGUUGAACACGUUUUUAAAUGUCUACUCUGAAGGCAUUCGCCAUCUACUACCUGGUAUUUUUUGGGAGUAUUUGAAGCCACACUGCCACCAUGUGUUCAACGACAAGAUACUUCAGCACCUUAUUUUUUUUACAUUUUUUAUUUAUGUUUGGAAUCUUGAAUUCAAAUAAAGUUUUAAUUAUGUUUAAUUUGUUCAUAUUGUGGGACUAUUUAAUCAUAUUCAUUAUAAUAUUGUUUAUGGCAAAAUAUUAGAGGUAUGAAUUUAAAUUCACAUGAAGGGAAACAAACAUAUCAUGAACCAAAGUGCAACUUGAGAGUUUCACAACAAAAACCUUUAUUUAUGAAAUAACUGUGAUCUGACCAAACCUGAGAUUGUUUUUUUUUCCAUAUGGAAGUAGAAAAAUGGAUAUGUUCUAACAAAGAGACAACAAAGCUUAAGCUCUUCUUUCAACACCUAUCAUCACAAGCAUUGAAUCACAGCCUAUAGUCUGAGUCCUGUACAUACUGUACAUCUGUGUUGUU